UCGCACCGAAUCCUUCGUUUUUGUCUCGGGUUUUGAUUUGCUUUAUUUACGAGGGUUUGAUUGUAAAAAACGUGAAACCGACGAGGCGUUGUCUUCGGUGGCGGGCGGACUUUUUGUUCCUCCCGAUCCAUGAUCGCCGCUUUGCCCGUAUGCUGAACUCGCGGAAGAAGUUCCGGACCGGCGGCAGUGGCGGCGGAGUUUCCCGGCUUCUCGCCGGUCUCCGCCCUCCCGAGCAGGGUGGAUCGCUCGUCGUCCAGACUGGCUUUCCCACCUCGCUCGCCGACCUCGUCGUCAAAAACCGCGACCGGUUGAAGAAGCCCUCGCGGAGGAAGAAGCCGCCUCCGCCACCCGGGUUCGACUCCGGCGAUUCCACUGCCUUCGCCUCCUCCUCCUCCACCUUCGCAUCCUCUUCCAUCUCAGCUCCUCCGUCCAAUGUUAGUCCUCGACCCGGUCCCAAUCCCCCCGUUCUGGAGGCAGAUUCGUGCUCUCCGUCGCCUCUCGCAUUUUCCGUGACGGCGAGUAGAAGGAUCGAGUUUCUUUUGGUUGUGAUGGUGAUUUUGAUGGCUCUGGCGAUCGAAAGGAGGAAACUUGUAGCUGCAAUCGUGCUGUCCGCCUUUGCUCUACGGCUCUUGGAUCGGAAUGGGUUUCUUCUGCUUUGGUUCUCGAAUCCGCGCUCGAAAGCGGAGAGCACGCUCAAUUCGUCCGUCAAAGAUUGUGAAUUAGAAGGACGGGGAGUGGUUUCGCCGAUCAGGGAAAUCGCCACCGAUAGCUCUCCGGAAACUGCAAGAUCAGAGAGGAGCUCUGUUGAUUUGAUCCAGCAGAAAGGGGUCCCGUUGAAAAGGAGAGACGUCGAGAAGGUUCACCUCGAACCUGAUCCCGUUCCGAAGGCCAAUUCAAAAUUGAAGAAGUUUCUGAGAAAAUUUCUUUCGAAGAAAUUUCGCCGGCGAAAGUGUCACAAGGAAACAGAAGCGCUCGUCCCGGAUUCCACUAAAAAUGCAAUCUUGGAUAAGGUUACCGAAAUAGAGGAGGAAAGCAAUGGCGACGCAGAUCCCGACAUUGAAAAUGAAGAAAACACUGUGAGCAUCGUUGCCUCUGAUGAAGUUUCUGAUCACGAUAUCAGAUUAUUUCAAGAGGACGUGCCUGAAACAAAAUCUAGGAACUCCCAGGUGAAGCAACUUCUGGAGAAGAAUGAUGAAGGGCAUGUGAUUGCAACUUGCCGGAACCCUAACCAAGCAACGGGCCUUCUCAAACUAAAAAAUAAAUUUUUGGAACGCCUAAGCAUAUUGCCUUUGGAUGUAACCAAGGAAAACACCAUAGAGGCAGCAGCAACCACUGUGAAAGAGAGCUUUGGUAAACUGAAUCUGCUAAUUAAUGCUUCUGGGAUUCUUUCGAUACCAGAUGUCCUCCAACCAGGUUAAGCUCGUAACUACAGCUGUCUAGAUUUCUUUCAGUGUAGAUGGCCAGUGUGAGCUUGUGCUUAUGGACUUUGUUGUAUCUGUAUGGCUUUAUUGUUCAACUUGAAAUAAACUCCUUGAAUAAUUGCAAUAAUGAAACAACUUUGAGCAAAGUACAGAAAUCAUCUCUCCUUCUUGCAUACGAAGUUAAUGCUAUCGGUCCUAUUUUGGUUAUCAAGCACAUGUUGCCGCUGUUGAAGGCUGGCGGUGGCUUUGGAACUGAAAAGAAGCAUGCCAUUAUUGCAAGCUUAAGUGCUAGAGUGGGCUCAAUAGGGGAUAAUGGUUUGGGAGGAUGGCAUUCUUAUCGUGCUUCUAAAACAGCACUAAACCAAUUGACAAAGACGAUAUGUGUAGAGUUUGGUCGGAAGAAGGACCCAAUUGUUUGCAUCUUGUUGCAUCCGGGAACAGUGGACACAGAUCUUUCACGGCCAUUCCAGAGAAAUGUUCCGCCUGGCAAGCUCUUCACAAAGGAGUUUUCUGUGCAAAAUAUGUUGAGCAUCAUAGACAAUGUUAAAAGCAGCGAUAAUGGAAAAUUCUUCGCAUGGGAUGGUCAAGAGAUUCCCUGGUAGAAUGAUGCUACAAACAAAUCACUUGUCACCCUCAAAACGCCUCCAAGCUCACGGUCUGUCUUCAUCUUGUUAUGGUAUAUAUUGUACUCAUCUUUUUUCUCCAUGAACACAACUUGUAUCCAAAUCUUUUUAUUGGUUGAAUUUUUUUUUAUCUGAUAAGAAUACUUUAAUUUGGUUCGA